UGUAUUUUGUUCUGCAGCAGGUACAGCAAUAAAAUUUCGAAUUCGAUUCGUAUUCCAAUUCCAACUGCAGUAAGUUAAUAUUCUUUUACGUGCUUUCGCAAGUUGAAAAACAUCCAACUCAAUGUGCGAUUCGGAUAAUGAAGCUUUCGAAAGUGCGGACGAAGAUUUUGCUGAACCAAGACAACAGCUUGAUCAACACAAGAACAAAGAAGCAAAGUCCCCACCUCAAAAUAGCUCUGACGUGGAACGAAAAGCGGUGGAUUCCGUGAAGGAGUCUGCGGCAGAUGUUCCGCCUGAAGAUUUGCCAAAGACGGGAGGAAUCAGAAAAAUUAUACGCCCGGAUCAGGAAAAAUAUCGAGAGGCUAAGAUGGUGAUAGAGAGAGCAAAAGAACCGAAGAAGACGGCGGCUCCUGUAGAAGACGGAUGGGAUGAUUUCGAUGAUAAUUGGGGAGAUUUUAACGUUGACGCCGGUCCACCGGCAACGGCGACAAAGGAAAGUCUACAGAUUAAAACCAGUUUCAAGGAUGUUAACAUCGAAGAGGUAGAGACGAAAUUGCAAGACUUCAUGAAGGGUCAAGAUGAUCCACCUGUUCAUGAAAUUUUGGAUCGACUCUCAACUCAGGAUAAUAGCAAAACCUCAUCCGGUCAAUCUUGGGGAGCUUGGAAGCCCACCUGGGGUGGUGCAGCGGUAUCUUUCUUAUCAUCUGCUUCGAAAAGCGUUGCUUCUAUCACAACCAACAUCACACAGGCAAUCGAGUCUGGUAUUGGAGUUCCAACGCCGGAAGAAUUAGCCAAACGUCAGGCCGAAGAAAAGGCUAAGCUGGAAGCCGAUGGUUAUAUCCCAGAAGAGGCGGAACGCAUAACUUCUCAGGAGAGCCAGGAGAAUACUGAUCGCUUUGGAUUUGAUCAAAUAUUCUCUGGUGUGACGCAAAUAAGUAGUAAAGUUUUAACCGGUGGUCUGGAUACGCUGGAGGGCAUUGGAAAAAAGACUAUGACCAUUUUGCAAGAAAAUGAUCCUGGAUUGCUGAACAAGCGUAAACUACUCGGGAUGGGCAAUGACACUGUUAUACUGAGUCAAAUACUGCGGGAGGCCAAAGAAAAAACUGAGGAACGCGAAAAAAAUUUAAAACAAGUCCAGAAACAUUUGUACAAGAAGAAGUUACACUUUGAGACGUUAUUCGAUGAUUACCAUGGGUUGGUGCACCUGGAAGCUCUGGAAAUGCUUUCUAAGCAAGCAUCACUGAAGUUGGAAUCGUUGCUUGCUCCACUUACCGGUAAUGCUCUGGAAGAAUUACAGGAAACGUUGAGUGAAGUGAAAGAACUAUGUGAACUCCCGGACUUAGAUAAUGAUGAUGCCGACGGCAGGUACGGUGUUGAUGAGUUGGAACAGAAACUCAAAGAGGCGGUUACGGAUUUAGAUGAAGUAAAGAUCGACUUCCAGGAGCUACUCAAUUGUUGGAAAGCUAACAUCGAAUGGUUGACCAUUGAACCCAGUGCUGAGCCACGAUCAUCGCAGCAAAUUUUCGAAAAAGCAAUGCAUGCGCUAGCCCAAACGACCGCUCUUUGCGUAUUGCGAAUGCACAAGUUGGCAGAGAUCCUGCUAAUUCUCGAACACCACAGCACUGCAAACGAAGCUGAUGCACUUGUUCAACUGACCACGGUUUUUUGCUGGCAUUUGAGUGGCGUUGCUGCACGUUUCUCAGCUGAGCUUAGUAAAAUUAACGAUGAUGAUCGUAUCCGACGAUCAGUCGGUGAGGAGAGCGAUAAUGCGUUGAUUACAAACAUCUUUCUGGAGGGUUCGAACAGCACAUCAUACGUACAGAACGCGUUCCAACUGUUUAUUCCCAUUCUACAAAUCGGAGCAGCAUAGUCACUGUCGUUACAAGCUUAUUCGGAAAAAGGAAAAGGUUUGUUUUAAAUAAUGUUUAACAAGAUAAUGUAUUAUAUCUUUGAAAAAAAAAAUUAUACACAUAUUUAUCGGAAAUGAAUUCCCUC